AUGCUGAUUAAAGAAUAUCGUAUACCAGUACCUAUGACUGUCGAUGAAUAUCGAAUUGCUCAACUAUAUAUGAUUGUGAAAAAAAGUCGUGAAGAAACGAAUUCAUCAGGUAGUGGUGUAGAAAUAAUUAAGAAUGAACCAUAUACUAAUGGACCUGGUGGUAAUGGACAAUAUACGUUUAAAAUCUAUCAUAUUGAACGACAUUUACCUGGUUGGUUUAAAGCAAUUUUACCAGCGAAUGCAAUGAAAAUUGAAGAAGAAGCAUGGAAUGCUUAUCCAUAUACAAAAACACGUUAUCGUUGUCCAUUUAUAGAUCGUUUUGUAAUUGAAGUUGAAACAUGUUAUCAAGCUGAUUUUGGUACACAAGAAAAUAUAUUUAAUUUAAAACCACAAGAAAUUGAUCAACGUGUUGUUGAGUAUCUUGAUAUUGUUUCGAGUCAACCAUUAGCAGAUAGUCCAGCAGAAAAUCCAACUGUAUUCCGUUCGGAAAAAACAGGACGAGGUCCUUUAGCAUCUGAUUGGUUUGAACAAAUGAAAAAAACAGCUCGAAAAGAUUCUAUUAUGUGUGCUUAUAAAUUAUGUCGAGCAGAAUUUCGUUAUUGGGGAAUGCAAAGUCGAUGUGAACGAUUUAUUCAUGAAACUGCUCUACGUAAAACUAUAUUACGUGCACAUCGACAAGCAUGGUGUUGGCAAGAUGAAUAUCAAGGUUUAACAUUAGCUGAUAUAAGAAAUUUAGAAGAUGAAACACAACGUGAAUUAAAUAAACGUAUGGCACAAUUUCAAAAUGAAAAUAUUCAAUUAUCAUUAACGAAUUCCAAUUGUGAUAAUAAUAAUGAUACGAACAAAACAAGUGAAUCAACGAAUGAUACAAAUCAACCAUUAAUAAUAAAAAGAAAUCGACAAAUGUCGAUUGAUAGUAUUAAUGCAAUUAGACCAAGAAUGAAUUCAUUUCCUAUACCACCAUUACCACGAGAUGAAGCAUCCGACGAUGAAUUCUUUGAUGCUGAAUCUAUGGUUGAAGGUAUGGCAAACGCACGAGCAAGUCGUAAUCUAGCACGUUCAAUAGAAGAUAUUCAUUUACAUGAUUCAGCAAAUUCCGAUUCUCAUCAUUCAAGUAUUGAUGAUGAUGAACGAACAUUUGGAUUAUCUGCAUCAGAUGAUAUUCAAAAUAAAUGUCCUAUUGAAAUUCUUAUACUUAUAUUUUAUGGUGGUAAUAUUUUUUCAACAGAAGAUGCAUUUAUUAGUGCUAAAAAAACUGAUUUUCUCAGUUUUCGUUCAACAUUUGAUACUGUUAUGAAAAAUCAUUAUUCACGUGUUGAAGGCAAAAUAGCAAUACGUUUCGUUGAAUGUCGUUCUAUAUGUAUUGAAGCUAUAAAUUUACUGAGUAGUUUAUCACCAUAUGGUACUUUAAAUACAACAUAUGAUAUAUCUCAUAGUGAAACAUUACCAAUAAAUGCAAUCCCAUUGUUUGCUACAUCCAAUAGUGGUUAUCAAUCAUCAUUAACAAAUGCUGUUGCAUCUGCAAAUAAAGUUUAUCAAGAUUUUUUAUCAUCGAAAGAAGGAAAAAAUUUUUCUGGUCAAGUUGUUGCUAUUGGCGAUGCUAAUGGUGCAAUUUUAGCAUAUGAUGCUCUAUGUUUAAAUCAUAGUUUUGAUGAUGCAACUUCAUUGUAUGGUGAAGAUGGAUCAACACCUCGUACACCUGCACUGAAUAAACGAGCACUAAUUGACAAUUAUGAUUCAAGUUCAGGACAGUCAUUAAAUCGAUCAACGACAAAACGUAAUAUAACAAAUGAUAUUCUCGAAACAAGUGAUAAUAUAUCACGUACUAGACAAGAAAAUAAUGAUGGUUUAAUGUUAGCAUUUGAUGUCAAUGAAUUUUUUUCAUUUGGUUCACCACUUUCACUUAUACUUGCUUAUCGACAAAUGCUUAGUGAAGAUGUGGUGCGUCCAUGUUGUGGACAAUUGUAUAAUUUAUUUCAUGCCUGUGAUCCAAAUGCAUCUCGUAUAGAACCAUUAAUACAAUCAGAAUUUAGUCAAAUACAUCCAUGUUGUAUUCCUCGUUAUUCACAAUUUCCUUUGGGUGAUGGAGAAUCAACAUUACUUGUUGAAUAUGUUCAUCAACAUUCAAAAUUAUUUUUAAAUAAGGAUACAAAUCGAACACCAAAUGAAACAAAUACGAUUUUUUCUGAUAUUCGACAAACUUGGUGGGGCUCAAGACGUGUUGAUUAUAUUGUUUAUUGUCCAGAAUCUUUAAUGAGUCAACCAGCACAUGUUCUACCUAUUGUUUUUCAUUCAAGUUAUUGGGAAUCACGUGAUGUUAUGUCAUUUAUUUUACGAAAUAUUACACGUAAUCAAGAACAAUUUCAUUUGUUUAAUAGUCAAACAAAUUCGAAUCCAUGUUCAUUUUCUCCUAUUAAACCAACUGAACGUUGGUUACAUCGUACAACUGCUGUUAAAAUACGAAAUUUAGCACCAAAUCAUCGAGCAAAUGAUACUAUGGUUGUUGAUGCACGACCACAAACAAUUCAUGCGAAAUUUCAUUAUGGACCUAUUGAUAUGGUUUGUUUAGCUAAUGAAAAAGUCGAUAUUUAUGUGAUGAGAUCCGCACCCUAUGGAGAAUGGACAUUGGUUGAUACUCUUGAAACAGAUACACAUGGUCGUAUACGAUAUACAAUUCCAGAUGAUAAAAAAUUACCAUUAGGUAUACAUCCUGUUAAAUGUGUUGUUCGAGGUGAUCAUACAACAGUUGAUCUUCAUUUAACUGUUUUACCGCCUAAGAGUGAAGCAGUUAUAUUUAGUGUUGAUGGUUCAUUUACAUCAAGUUUUUCAGUUAGUCAUCAUGAUCCAAAAGUACGACCAGGUGCUGUCGAUGUUGUACGAUAUUGGCAAGAAUUAGGUUAUAUUAUUAUAUAUGUAACUGCACGUCCUGAUAUUCAACAACGUCGUGUUGUUCAUUGGCUUGCUCAACAUAAUUUUCCUCAUGGUAUGACCUUUUUCAAUGAUGGUAUAUCACGUGAACCAAUUAAAAAUAAAGCUGAAAUGUUACGAAAUGCAAUUGAAAAAGCUGAUUUAACUAUAACAGCUGCAUAUGGUUCAUCAAAAGAUGUUCCUGGUUAUCAAUUAAUUCAUGUACCAGUUGAAAGAUUAUUUGUUGUUGGAAAAAUAAAACAUCGCCUUCAAGGUCAAGCACGUUUUCUUACUGAUGGAUAUGCAUUACAUUUAGCUGAACUUUCUAAACCUGGCGCAAUUCGACCAUCUAAAUCAAAUUCCCGUCAUUUAAUACGUAAAGCUUGUUUUAAUUUACCUAAAUUAACAUCUAUUACAACUACUCAAUCAUCAACAUCACUAAUUAAUACGAAACAACUAAUUUCACCAUCAUCUCAUUCUACAUCAUCUAUGUCUUCUUCUCAUCAUCCUCUUAUUGAUCAAACAUUAUCAGCACCUUUAUUACAUCGAAAAAUUAAUCCCAGUGAUGACAUAAAUAAUCCUCGACGCCAUCCAGCAGUAACAUUUAGUGCAUCACAAACCAAAGAAGCUCCAUCACGUGGUAAAUCACCACAUGCUAACCGUCAAACAACAACAACAACGAAUAGUAUCUAUAAUCCUUCAUCAAUCGAAAAACUAUAG